CAGACCUUUUGGCAAGACUGUUAACGCACAAACCGCCAAAAUGACACUGCCAAAGCGAGUAUCAUAUCCGCCACCCCCAGUGCCUUCUAAACCUCAUGUGCGGUUUGGAGAUAUCAUCAAGGAAACGGCGUUACCUGAUACGAUUGUGCGGCAGACGUCGCUCAUGCAAUUGACCCGGGUACUGGAUCAACUCAGUAAUUUUUCUCUCUACGCAAAUGAGAUUGCAUCGGACCUUGUCAAGUCAUCAGUGUCGAUUUCCGAAAGAGUCGAGGAAGUUCAGAAGCGUAUUGAUGCUUUAAAGAAUGCAUCACCAAAUGUAGAGGAGAAGCUGGCAGUAGCCAAUCUUGCAGAGUCUAUGAAUCAUGAACGAUUUGACUGGAAAUCCCAGCUAAAGCUUGGGAGCAAUCUUUUUACAAAAGAAACCGAAGACCCCUCAUUGCGGGCUGUUUACGAAACAUGUAAUGAUGCACCAAACCUAUCUCUUAUGGAUCCAUUCAGGGCUGAUGGCCAGCCUUGCAUGAAAUUUUAUUCAUAUCCCGAAUUCUUUGCGGAAGAAUGGAAGAUGCUGAUGCAAAAGGAGUUUGAUGAAGAACGGAAACGAAAAAAGGAGCGAAGAGAGCUAAAGAAGAAGGCAAAGCUACAACGGCCUACAGCGGCCGGAAAGCUCCAAGUCCAAGAGCUGCAAAUCAAGCGCUACAAUUCUCAAGGGGAGCUGAUCACAGAAGGCGGCGAAAGUGCCGAUACAUCCAAUGCACCAUUCCGAAGACUCAGCAUUGGGUCUUCCGAUAGUCCAUAUGGUUCAGGACGCGGUAUGCCACCUGCUGUUCGAUCGUGGAAUAAGGCGGAAAUCAGAACGUCCAUUAUGAUGCGUCCAGCGCUUGCCUGGGAAGAUCAUGGACGACCGUCGCGGGGACACACUCAAGUUGAGCGCUCCAAAACUUCACGAACCAGAGUGAAUACUCCGCCGCCACCUCCACCACCACCGCCUCCACCAUUGGCAUUUGCAGGAGCACCCUCCACCGUACCAGCAUCUGGUGGUGCGCCUAUUGCGGCAACUGGAGCAUCAGCCUCCGCAGCAGCAGCAGGCAAACCUACACUGUCGCCAGCCUUGAGUAACAUGAACUUUUUGAACGAGAUUCGUAGCGGACAGUUUACAUUGAAGAAGGUGGAUGCCCCUGUCAUGACAGCAGCUGAAAAGCGCUCGGCACGAGAUCAAGCAAGCGAUGUUGCAGCGAUACUGAUGCGGCGUGUGGCGAUGGAGAUGAGUGAUAGCGAAGACGAGGACUCUGCGGACGAUGAUGAUUGGGAUUGAAUAAAGCAACGAUAAAAUAAAGAUUACAAGGUUACAUAGAGGCAGAUACGUUAAUGAGACUGGCUUAUCAACAAGUAUCAGUCCCUGGAGAUGGGUCUCUUUCAUCAGAAGAGAUUCAAAGUUCGCACUGCACUUCAAGUCGUUCCAUCUACAUGAUCGAACUAUCGUCGCCCUUGAUGGCAACCCAUCAUUUCAGUCAGAGACUGUCAAGGGUGAUCAAAAGCGC